GCCCCGUCAAGAAGUGAUCCAUCCCAUCGUAUUCACGUUUGGGUUCGCCCUAAGGUGAACUCAGGAAGGUAAACAAGCCAUGGCAGGAGGUGGCCGCUGGUUUCAUUUUCAUGUAAACCUAAUGGCUUGUUUCCUUCUUGUGCUGAAUGCUGAAGCUCUCUUCGUCAACAUCACAUAUCUCCACACUGCUGUGUCCCAAGGGGCAGUUUGCUUGGAUGGAAGCCCACCUGCUUAUUAUUAUGCCCCCGGAAAUGGCACCGGCGCCGACAGCUGGCUGAUUUACAUUGAGGGCGGGGGAUGGUGUGGAAAUGAAACAGACUGCAUCACUAGGGCUACACAAAGGUAUGGGAGCUCAUACCAAAUGGCUAACAAAACCUACUUUGGAGGCCUACUUAGUGAAAAACCUAACGUCAAUCCAGAUUUCUACAACUGGAAUAGGGUUUAUGUUGGGUACUGUGAUGGGUCCUCAUUUAUGAGUGAUGUUGAAUCCGUGGAUCCAAAGAACAAUCUGACACUUAGGGGAGCCAGGGUUUUCAAAGCUGUCAUGGACGAUUUGCUCAGCAAAGGAAUGAACAAAGCCCAGAAUGUCAUGUUGUCCGGCGGGUCGGCCGGAGGGCUGACAGCCGUAUUACAUUGUGACAAUGUCCGGAGCAUGCUGCCCAGUGCCACGCGUGUCAAGUGUCUUUCCGAGUCAGGCUUCUUUAUCUCGGGAAAAUAUCUUCCAGGAGCCAUCCAAAGAGAGCAACGCUUUGCAGAUGUCGUGGAUUUUCAUAAAUUAUCCAAAGUUUUGCCUGCAUCGUGUACGUCUAGAAUCAAUCCCCACUGGUGUUUAUUUCCCGAGAACAUAGUUGGAGCAAUGCAGACACCACUAUUCAUUAUCGAAUCAAUGUUUGAUUCGUGGAAGAUUAAAAACGACGUCGUUCCCCCGCCUCCUGUGAUUGGCCAGCGAACCAGCUGGGACCAGUGCCUCAACAACACCAAAUCCUGCACCACGUCUCAACUGCAAGCCAUGAGACAAUACGGGGCUACUUCAAUAUACACACUGAAUAAAAGUCUGACGAGUCCCACAAAGGGAACGUUCCUCCACUCGUGUUACAUCCAUGGCAUGAUGCAGACAGACCGUCUCUGGAGCACUUCCCCUCUCUUAAAUGGAAAGUCUAUGGGAAGGACCGUUGGUGACUGGUUCAUGGAUCGAUGUACGGAGCAGGCAAUAGACACCACAAAUAAAUAUCCAUUGCAGAACUGCUUGCUAGAUAUAAUCUCAGCAAACUAACGUAUUUAUUAUUUAAUUGAACCCAAUAAUUG